AUGUCGAACGCGAAGGACGCGGAUUAUAAGAAUGUGGCAUUGGAGGAGGAGGAUAUCGUAGAGAUGCGUAAAGCUGUCGCAACAGGCAGCGUAAAACCUGAGGUUGCAACGAAUAGCGUACCGCCAAUCGUAUGCUAUUGCUUUGCGUCAAUCCUGAUGACUGUCGUGAACAAGUUCGUGGUAUCAGGCGCGAACUUCAGCAUGAACUUCCUCCUACUCUGCAUCCAGAGCGCCGUCUGCAGUGCCUGCGUCUACGGUGUCAAACGUGCCGGCAUCAUAUCUUUCCGGGAUUUCGACAUGAAAGACGCGAAGAUGUGGUUCCCGAUCAGCUUCAUGCUCGUCCUCGUGAUCUACACCGGCUCCAAGUCCUUGCAAUACCUCAGCAUCCCCGUAUACACCAUCUUCAAGAACUUGACGAUUAUUCUCAUCGCGUAUGGAGAGGUCAUCUGGUUCGGUGGACGCGUGACGGCGCUCACGUUCGUUUCGUUCAUUCUCAUGGUCGUUUCCUCGAUUAUUGCUGCAUGGUCCGAUGUAAAGGGCGCAGCGGAGACGGCACCUGGCACGGGCGUCGGCCUGGGAGCAGUAACGGACGCCGUGCGCAACUUAAACGCAGGCUACUUCUGGAUGCUCAUCAACUGUCUCGCAUCGGCUGGCUACGUUUUGACGAUGCGCAAGCGCAUCAAAGCCACCGGAUUCAGCGACUGGGACUCCAUGUUCUACAACAACCUGCUUUCCGUACCCGUCCUCAUCGUCUUCUCCCUCAUCUUUGAGGACUGGGGAUCUGAGAACCUGGCCAAGAACUUCCCGGCGGAGUCACGCAACUUGCUAUUGUUUGCCAUCGCGUUCUCUGGCGCUGCCGCCGUUGGCAUUUCAUACACAACGGCAUGGUGCAUCCGUGUAACAAGCAGCACGACCUACUCCAUGGUCGGCGCGUUGAAUAAGCUCCCCGUUGCCGCCUCCGGCAUGAUCUUCUUCGGCGACGCAGUAACCUUCGGCAGCGUGAGCGCGGUGGGCACCGGUUUCCUUGCCGGGAUCGUCUAUGCGGUCGCGAAGAACAACCAGAAGAAGGCCGAAGCUGCAGAGCCUGUUAUCCCGCUCACAACGCGCAAACCAUAA